GCGGAGUGCCCGAUCCUUUCGUGGCUAACGCCCCUCCCUUGGUCCCUUCGGGCUCACGUCGUCGUCGUCCCCAGUCCUGCUUGGCGCGGAGCGGAGCGGCCGAGGCAGAAGCACCCAGGAGAGCAGGUCUACGCUUGUGCUACACCAGAGCAGAAAUCAUUAAGAUGCCUGUUCUGGAAAAGGGACCCUGUAAGAAGUCUGUAAAAACUCCCGGCAGUGAGGAUGAGCCUGUCUUGCCCAAAUUGCCUGUGCCCCCAUUGCAGCAAACACUGGCCACUUACCUGCAGUGCAUGCAGCACCUGGUACCAGAGGAACAGUUCAACAAGAGUCGGGCCAUUGUGCAGAGGUUUGGAGCUCCUGGUGGUCUUGGUGAGAUUCUACAGCAGAAACUUCUGGAGCGGCAGGAGAGGACAGCCAACUGGGUGUCUGAGUACUGGCUGAAUGAUAUGUAUCUCAAUAACCGCCUGGCCCUGCCGGUCAACUCCAGCCCUGCUGUGAUCUUUGCUCGGCAGCACUUCCAAGACACCAAUGACCAGCUAAGAUUUGCAGCCAGCCUCAUCUCUGGGGUGCUCAGCUACAAGGCUCUGCUGGACAGCCACUCCAUCCCCACUGACUCCGCUAAGGGCCAGCUCUCGGGGCAACCCCUCUGCAUGAAGCAGUACUGCAGGCUCUUCUCCUCCUACCGGCUCCCUGGCCACACUCAGGACACACUGGUGGCCCAGAAGGGCAGCAUCAUGCCGGAGCCUGAGCAUGUCAUUGUGGUCUGCUGCAACCAGUUCUUUGUCUUGGAUGUUGUCAUUAAUUUCCGCCGUCUCAGUGAGGGUGACCUAUUCACUCAGUUGAGAAAGAUAGUCAAAAUGGCGUCCAACGAGGAUGAACGCUUGCCUCCAAUCGGCCUGCUGACAUCAGACGGGAGGAGCGAGUGGGCCGAGGCCAGGACGGUGCUCAUGCAAGAUUCCACCAACCGGGACUCGCUGGACAUGAUUGAGCGCUGCAUCUGCCUGGUGUGCCUGGACGCCCCAGGCUCUGGUGACCUCAGUGACACCCACAGGGCACUCCAGCUCCUUCAUGGUGGAGGGUGCAGCAAGAACGGGGCAAACCGCUGGUACGACAAGUCCUUGCAGUUCGUGGUGGGCCGAGAUGGCACCUGUGGCGUGGUGUGUGAGCACUCUCCAUUCGAUGGCAUCGUCUUGGUGCAGUGCACGGAGCACCUGCUGAAACACCUGAUGAAGAGCAGCAAGAAGCUGGUCCGAGCUGACUCAGUCAGUGAGCUGCCCGCCCCCCGGAGGCUGAGGUGGAAAUGCUCGCCAGAAAUUCAAGGCCACCUAGCUUCCUCGGCAGAAAAACUUCAACGAAUAGUAAAAAAUCUCGAUUUCGUUGUUUAUAAGUUUGAGAACUAUGGGAAAGCGUUCAUUAAGAAGCAGAAAUACAGCCCUGAUGCCUUCAUCCAGGUGGCCCUCCAGCUGGCCUUCUACAGGCUGUACCAGAGACUGGUACCCACCUACGAGAGCGCAUCCAUCCGCCGAUUCCAGGAAGGCCGCGUGGACAACAUCAGAUCAGCCACUUCGGCCGCUCUGGCUUUUGUGCAAGCCGUGACUGACCGCAAGGCUACCGUGCUGGCUUCUGAGAAGCUGCGGCUCCUGCAGGCCGCCAUCCAAGCCCAGACCGAGUUCACAGUCAUGGCCAUCACAGGGAUGGCCAUCGACAACCACCUGUUAGCACUGCGGGAGCUGGCCCGCGACCUGUGCAAGGAGCUUCCUGAGAUGUUCACGGAUGAAACGUACCUGAUGAGCAACCACUUCAUCCUCUCCACCAGCCAGGUGCCCACAACCAUGGAGAUGUUCUGCUGUUAUGGUCCUGUGGUCCCCAACGGGUACGGCGCCUGCUACAACCCCCAGCCCGAGACCAUCCUGUUCUGCAUCUCCAGCUUUCACAGCUGCCCGGAGACCUCUUCCGCGGGGUUCGCCGAUGCCGUGGCAGCGAGUCUCGUUGACAUGAGAGACCUCUGCUCUGUACCGCAACCUACUGAGGGCACGCCGUUGGCAACAGAUGCCAAGGCCAGGGGUCCGAGCAGGGCUUCUAAUCUUGACUCCUGCCACUAGGUGCCAGCUCUU